AUGGCGACCAUGGGGAUACAAGUCUUGGGCAUCACCCUCUCGGUCAUUGGCUGGCUGGGCAGCAUCCUCUGCUGCGGUCUCCCAAUGUGGCGGGUGACGGCCUUCAUCGGCAACAACAUUGUGGUGGCCCAAAUCAUCUGGGACGGCCUGUGGAUGAGCUGCGUGGUCCAGAGCACCGGGCAGAUGCAGUGCAAAAUCUAUGAGUCCAUGCUGGCGCUGGCUCAGGACAUGCAGGCCGCCCGCGCCCUGGUGGUCAUCGCGAUCGUCCUGGCGGUGGUGGGGAUCUUUUUCGCCAUCCUCGGGGGGAAGUGCACCAGCUGCGUGGAGGAUGAGGCCACCAAGGCCAAGAUCGUCGUCCUGUCCGGCGUCAUCUUCAUCUUGUCCAGCCUCAUGCUCCUCAUCCCCCUCUGCUGGACUGCCAACAUGAUCAUCCGGGACUUCUACAACCCCAUGGUCACCGACAGCCAGAAGCGGGAGAUGGGCGCCUCGUUGUACAUCGGCUGGGCCUCCGCCGGCCUGCUCCUCCUCGGAGGGGUGUUACUCUGCUGCAACUGCCCCCCGAAAAAUGAGAAACCCUACUCAGCAAAGUAUACGGCAACCCGGUCCAUGCCGACCAGUAACUACGUCUAAAAAUUAGCCCGAUUCCCUGCUGUGCGGGUUUGGCGUGGGACUUUCUGCCACCCCCCCAACGGGGGACAUCU